AUGACGCUGCGUACCCGCUUUGAGAGCUCCGAUGAUAUUGGUGUCUUCUCUCGCCUCACCAACGCUUACUGCCUUGUGGCCGCUGGCGCGUCGCAGAACUUCUACUCAGUGUUUGAGCAGGAGCUGGCAAACCACAUCUCUGUCGUGUACACGUCCAUCGGCGAUGCCCGCGUGAUUGGCCGCCUCACCAUAGGCAAUCGCCACGGGCUCAUCGUACCGUCGAUUACGACAGAUCAGGAGCUACAGCACCUCCGAAACUCGCUACCCGACUCCGUGAAGGUGCAGCGCGUCGAAGAGCGUCUCUCCGCCCUCGGCAACUGUGUGGUUUGUAACGACCAUGUAGCGCUCAUCCACACGGACCUGAGUCGUGAGACGGAGGAGGUGAUACGUGACACUCUGCAGGUGCAGACAUUCCGCACCUCCAUUGCGGAAAACGCCCUGGUCGGUAGCUAUGCCGUAGCCACGAAUAAGGGUUGCAUGGUGCACCCCAAGACCCCUGCACAGGACAUGGACGAGAUUUCGUCUCUCUUGCAGGUACCGGUAGUGGCGGGCACGAUCAACCGCGGCAAUGCCGCCAUCGGCUCUGGCCUUGUAGUGAACGACUGGGCCGCAUUUUGCGGUCUGAACACGACAGCGACAGAAAUCACCGUUGUGGAGCGCAUCUUCCAGUUGCGCCGCGAGACCGUCGGUGGUGACGAGGGCAACUUACUGCAGAACGUUCGUGAAACCCUGGUGGACGAGCUGGCGUAA